ACUUACGCCAUAUGCGUACGAGGAGCAUCCCUGAAAAAAAUUCUCUGUCAUACAACCAGGAAGAAGGUGGGUUAGCCCCGUAAAGCUAACAUCCUCAAUCCUUCUGCACACUUUCUCCGACAAGAAUGGGUUCAUCCAGGUGGAAGGUGGCAGCGGUGGUCCUCGCCAUUGUGGGAUCUUUUUUACCCGUGAACGCGGAUGAACACGAACACACGUACAAAGAUAAAGAGGAGGUAGUCCUAUGGAUGAACACAGUAGGGCCUUACCACAAUCGUCAGGAGACGUACAAGUACUUCUCUUUGCCCUUCUGUGCGGGCUCCAAGAAGACCAUUAGUCAUUACCAUGAAACACUCGGCGAGGCUCUGCAGGGGGUGGAGCUUGAAUUCAGUGGCCUAGACAUCAAGUUCAAAGAUGACGUAAUGCAGACAACAUACUGUGAAAUUGACCUGGAUAAAGCCAAACGGGAUGCUUUUGUCUACGCCAUUAAGAACCAUUAUUGGUACCAAAUGUACAUAGAUGACCUGCCCAUUUGGGGAAUUGUGGGUGAGGCAGAUGAAAAUGGAGAAGAUUAUUACCUGUGGACAUACAAGAAAUUGGAGAUUGGCUUCAAUGGCAAUAGAAUUGUUGAUGUAAAUCUGACCAGCGAGGGGAAAGUCAGGCUUGUGCCCAACACACGUAUCCCCAUGUCGUAUUCUGUGAAGUGGAAAAAGUCAGAUGUGAAGUUUGAAGACAGAUUCGAUAAGUACUUGGAUCCAUCCUUCUUCCAGCACAGGAUUCAUUGGUUUUCCAUCUUCAACUCUUUCAUGAUGGUCAUUUUCUUGGUGGGUCUGGUGUCCAUGAUUCUGAUGAGGACACUUAGAAAAGAUUAUGCCAGAUACAGCAAAGAGGAGGAAAUGGACGAUAUGGACAGAGACCUUGGAGAUGAAUACGGGUGGAAGCAGGUACACGGCGAUGUAUUUAGACCGUCAAGCCACCCACUGAUCUUCUCUUCUCUCAUUGGCUCUGGUUGCCAGAUCUUCUCUGUCUCCCUCAUCGUGAUCAUUGUGGCUAUGGCUGAGGAUCUGUACACAGAGAGAGGAUCAAUGCUGAGCACUGCCAUUUUUGUUUACGCUGCUACCUCCCCUGUCAACGGCUACUUUGGUGGGAGUUUGUACGCAAAGCAAGGAGGCAGAAGAUGGAUUAAACAAAUGUUCAUCGGAGCCUUCCUGAUCCCAGCCAUGGUGUGCGGGACCGCCUUCUUCAUCAACUUCAUUGCUAUUUACUACCACGCCUCCAGAGCCAUCCCAUUUGGCACUAUGGUGGCUGUUUGCUGUAUUUGCUUCUUUGUCAUCUUGCCCCUAAACCUCGUGGGAACCAUUUUGGGAAGGAAUCUGUCGGGCCAGCCAAACUUUCCCUGCAGAGUGAACGCUGUUCCACGACCCAUCCCUGAGAAGAAGUGGUUCAUGGAGCCCGCUGUCAUUGUCUGCCUCGGAGGAAUCCUUCCAUUCGGCUCUAUUUUCAUCGAAAUGUACUUCAUCUUCACAUCAUUCUGGGCCUACAAAAUCUACUACGUGUACGGCUUCAUGAUGCUGGUCCUGGUUAUACUGUGCAUUGUGACGGUGUGCGUGACCAUCGUGUGCACGUACUUCCUGCUCAAUGCUGAGGAUUACAGAUGGCAGUGGACGAGCUUCCUCUCUGCUGCAUCCACAGCUGUUUAUGUUUACAUGUACUCCUUUUACUACUAUUUCUUCAAAACUAAGAUGUAUGGGCUUUUCCAGACGUCCUUCUACUUUGGAUACAUGGCUGUUUUCAGCACUGCUCUAGGAAUAAUGUGUGGUGCUGUUGGAUAUGUGGGAACAAGUGCCUUUGUUAGGAAGAUCUACACAAAUGUGAAAAUUGACUAAGAGGCAAAACAGGGAUAAAAUGGAUUUGCCUACGACGGCGGGCACAAGUCAUUCUUUAAUACUUUACUUUCUUGUGAAGAGAUUGUGAAGAAUCUCACUUUGUAGAACUUUUUUUUUUUUUUACCUUUUUCCAAUUAUUUUUUUCUGAACCAAUUUUGACGCGGCCACUCAAAAGAGAACAGGAGUAAAACUCUGCGCAACACGAGGCUGCAUAUUUAUCUGUUUGUUUCCAACCAAUGAUGGGGCAGAUGAUAAAUGCCAGGCAAACCCAGUCCCAGCUGAGACCAGAGAACAUAAAUGUUUAUUGAUGGAAUAGUGUCGCUCUCUUCAGUGAAGAGGCCUACGUAUGUACUGCAAGCCUUUGUUCUAUUGUGUCAGGAUAUAAGAGAGUUUGGGUUUGUGCCCGUGUCCACAAGUGAUUUUUUUUAUUUUAUUUUUUUCGUAUUUGCAAUGUCACUCAAAAUAUGGUUUGUUCAGACCCACUUCCACUGCAGAUGUAAUCACGGGAGAAUCAUUCCCCCGUCUGAUGAUUCUUAAUUCCCUGUCACAGUAGCAGUUGAUGAUUUUAGUCUGCUGUAGUUUACUGUACAGUCAAGAACAGAUGGACAGAUCAAAGGUUGAGGUGCAGUAAGACCUGAUUUUAUAUAAGAAAAAAAAAAGUAGUGGAUGUUUGAUGUGAUCCCUGUUCCAAAAUUCUGUCUUAUGUUUCUUAAUGUUUGGGUUUGAAUGAAGUCUACUUGUAAAGAUAAUAUAUGGAUGGGGAGCGUGUAUAUAACCGUAAUGUACCUUUAGAUGUAGAUCCCAAAUGUAUUUUCGUUGUACAGAUUUACUACAGGUUUUUUUUUUUUUUUUAAAGAAUCAUUUCUGGGUUGUUUUUGUUUGGUGCUUGGGGUGGGGCUGGUGGCGCUGUUACAUCUUGCCUGAAGUUGCAUGAAAUUUUCAGCAAACCCUCAAUUCAGACUUUUCUCUCCACUGCAGUUGGCGCUGCGGUCAAGUUUUUGUUCCACCCCUUCUGGUUGUGAGCACUCUUCAUAUUUUACAUUUCAUGCACUAUUUAAAGCUUUAAAAGGCUCAACACCUUCUCUAAGCCACUUCCUCGUCACAUGAUCCGUUUCCCAAAACCUGCAGCUCGCCGUCUGCGAGUCGGGUUUUUGCGUCGUUUCAACAAACAUACUGUACGCAGUGAAGAUAACGUAACGUUUUCAAGACCACGCUUGGUGCUAACAAGCGCGUCACCUGAUUCUCCACUUUUUGUGUAAAUACAGUUAUGUAUCCCAUGUAUAUGAGAAGUGGCAUUGCCUUUCUGUUCUAACUUCCAUUUCUCCCCCAACUGAAGUUGAUUUUGGCACCUCAUGUUGUGUAUCAAUGUCUGACUGGACAUUUUGAAUCCGCAUAUUAACUUGCUGUAAAAAGAGGAAAAUAAACAUGUUUAUGUACAGGGUUUA